CGAUUAACUGUAUUCAUUCGCGUUUUAGCAAUUUGUGCAAACAAUUGAGGUGCAAUACCAUAUGGGACAAUAUUAAAAAGCGAUUUGUUUGUAAACCAAGUGCAUUUCAAUAAAUAGCAGGGCACUGAUCGAACGUCGUCAUUAGUUUAUCGGCUUUUGUGCACUAUGAUGGCAACACUGCAUACGCCGGCCAUGUUAUGAUAUGUAAAAGUUGGACGUAGACACGUGUUUAAUUUGUGCUCCCAAAAUACGCUAAAAAUUUGUGUUAUAAGUCAAAUAAAAAACAGUGAAUAUCAUAAAAAACAAUAAAGUCAAUAGUUACGCUUCUUUAAAAGCAAUUCAAAGUAAAUUAUUUACCCCACUGGUUUCAAAAGAUUCUCCAAUAUUCAGCGAAAAUGGUAUCCGGUCGUCCUCUACUCUAUCUCUCACUGCCCGGUGUAGCAUUUAUACUCGGCGUCUUUUGGUUUCGGCGUAGAAAUAAAAAUCGUAUUGAUAAAAACGAUGACGAUGCCAAUGGCGCCGCUGCCAAUGGAAAGCCGAUCAAAGAGGCCAUCGAGCCGGGAACACAGCGCAAAACAGCGAAUGGCAUCCAGUCCCAAAAUGGCAAGCUGCCUGCGGGCAACGGAAAUGGAGCAGUACCUGGUACUGGUGCCUCCAAGUCGAUGAGCAUCAGUGUGGGCAAUGGAUCAGUGUUGAACAAUGGGGAGUAUGAUAAGGAGAGCCCAAAUACCAUGCUAUAUGGUAAAUCGGCGCCAAUCACAAUACAGAGCAAUGGACGCGCUUCCCCGGGCAAGCAUCAGCAGCAACAGAUCGAUUCGGAAAUGCUAAAGUCUAAGAUACAAGAUGCAGAGCAUAAGAAGCUCUGCUCCAUUGACGAGGACUUUGAGAAUCUGUCAUCGCCCAGAGAUUUGCCGGAUUCUAUAUCGAAGAAUCGCGUCUCGUUCUACAAUCGGAAUACUAGCCAAAAGAAAGAAGAGCCAGUGGUCAUCAAAGCAACGCGCACACCAAAAAUAUCCCCAGAGAAUUCAUUUCUCGAGAGCAAAUACACCAAGGAAUGCGAGCAGAACAACAACUGUGAGCCAAAUCCAACUGCAGCUGAUGCUGACAAGAUCAAGAAGCAGCAGCUGGAGGAGGUGAAGGAGCAGAAGGAGGUGAAGGAGAAUCCCGUUGCCGCCGUGGAGCAGCCAAUAGAGCCGGUCAAAAAGACACAGCUACAGAGCACAGCUGAAGCACAGAUCAAACAGACUGAGGAGGAGCAAACGAUUGUGGCCAAGCAUGUGGAUUUGAAUGAGAAUUCGACAGCUGCAUCCACUGUGGCUGCCACUGAGGUGGCCACUGAAGUUGUCGCUGAAGUUGCCACUGAAGCCGCUGCUGCUGCUGGUGCUGCUGAUUCGGAUGCCCUUGAUGAUGCAGCCAAUGGCAAUCAGAAGCGCAACGUGGAUGCAGCCAGUCCAUCGCUGAGCAUUUGCAGCGUACAAUCUGGCGAUUCGGGCAAAGGCUCCAGCUUGCCGCGAUCGGAGGCAACGUCACGCGUGAAGAGCUCGUAUCGCUUCUUCUUUCCAAAUAGCUUGAUUGGCCAGCUAUAUGGACGCAAGCGUACGUUCAUCAAUAAAAUCAAGUCGAAGACUCUGGCCAAUGUCAGCUUGAGCAAGAAUCGCUACUCAUCCGGCAAGCUGCGCAUUUGCACCAUCGAAGGCACCGACAGUGAGAUCGACGCCGCGCUGGCCAUGAUACGCCAGCGUUUGCCAUCCAGACGCUAUCCCAAUUUCACAAUGCAAAGAAUUCACUAUGCGCUUCCGCAAUCCAUAGUUCCUCUGUCGACUGAAAGCCUCCAUAGCUUACAACUAAACCUGAUCGAGGGCAUCAACAAUGAUGUGUCCGUCACCGCAGUGCUCUCUGGCAAUCAUGUGUUCGUGCAGCAUCCGCUGCAUCCGUCACACCCAUCGCUACACGCACUGCAGAAGAACAUGCUCGACAGCUACUCGAGCAUGGAGGCGCCCAAGUUGCCGAGCAUCGAGAUCAGCGCCGUCUGUGUGUUGCCCAUCAAUGGCGGUUGGUAUCGCGUGCAAAUCGUGGACAACGAUCCCAACGAUGUCGAGGAGCGCUGCGUGGUCAAAUUCUUGGACUUUGGCGGCUAUAUGAAUGUCAGCUUUAGUGUAUUGCGUCAGAUACGCACAGAUUUUAUGACGUUGCCUUUCCAGGCAACCGAAUGCAUACUGUCCAAUGUCGAGCCAAUCGAUGAGACCUGGUCUGUUGAUGCGGCCGAUAUCCUCAGCAAAUUAACCAAAGGCAUUGUCUUGCAAGCACAAGUCGCCGGCUAUAAUAGCCAUAAUAUACCAGAAAUCUAUUUAUUUGCUUCUCUAGGUCCAAACAACAUAAUUUUUAUCAAUAAGGAAAUUGUCGCCAGAAAUCUCGCUAAAUGGGUCGAGAUGCCUGACUAACAAGCCCAAAUGAACAAUGAAACUUAACACAUAGGAAACUACAACAACAACAACUACAAUAGCAACAACAACAGCAUCAACAAACAAGAAUCAGCAGCUAAACGUUGGAAGUCUCAAAGUGCUGGUGGAAUAAGCUUCUAAAAUGCAAAAUGUUGUAGAACGCGACUGAGUCCGUAUUUAUUUAUAAAUACAAAACACAACACAACACACACACACACACACACUUAUAUGCAGACAUGUAACGCAUUGUUAACACAAAUACACAAACACACAGACACAGGCUAUAUAUAUACAUAAAUAUAUAUAUACAUUCAUAUCCAAUGAUCGUUCAUAUACAAAAGGCGUUUCAAAAAAAUGAAAAAACAAAAUGAGCAAUAAUUUUUUGUUUGUUGCUUUAGUUGCGAAUGCCUCUUCGAUUUGUUUGUUGUGCUCUGAUCCAUAGCUGAUCUCCGCAUAUAGGCAACUUAACUAAACAACUAAACUAAACUAAAAACUAAAACUAAUCCUAAAGUAAACUAAACUAACUAAUUAGAUUAGUUUCGAAUGUGUAUAGUCCUAAGAAUGGGGAGUUUCGAUUGGUUGAGUUAUGUUAAGGAAUGUGCACUGUACAACACAGAGAGAAUGAGAAUGUAUUGGCGUCAAAUCUGUUGGGCAUAGAGCCACGCACACUAACACACUCACACUCACACUCACAUACACACGCACUCAAACACAUCAAAACCAACGAAACGCUUCAGAUAUUACCAUACUCAGAAUAUAAGUAAUAUUACUUAGUGUAAAUAGAUUUUUUUUUUUUUUAUUUCCAUAUAUAUCUACGUAAAUAAAGAGAAGAGUAAAUGCGAACAUACUUUAUAUGAAGUAUACAACAAGAUAUAUAAAUAUAUAUAUAUAUGCAUAUAUAUAAAUAUAAAGUAAACUCUCAACUAGCCUAAUGCACAGUUAGGUUUCUUUAUUUCACAAAAUCAUGUUGUAUAUAAUUAUAAUGUAUUUUGUUUCGCUUUCCUCUAUCGAUUCUCUUUAAAGUAAAA